CGGAAUAUGACAGCAGUCGAUUUUUCAGCGGACCAAAAACGUAAUUUAAACCUGAUUUCGGACCAAAUAGUUACGUUAGCAGUAUUCAAAUAGUAUUUUUGUACGUGAUAUAGCCGAUCGACUCGCCGAUCAUACGCCGACUGAGCGUAAUAACCGCCCGUAAGUGUGUGUUGUUUUUCCUUUUUGCCAUUUUGCAAACCACUUGUUAACUAGUAAUGGCAUUUUAAUUAUUUAAACCGCGUUGGUAAAGUUUAAAUUCGCCGUGUCGUGGCCGAAUGAGCUGGUUCGACGUCGUCGAGGCCUAAUCGUGCAACGAGCUGAUCGUCGGCGAGGCGCUAUGUUAGGGAAUUUGAAUAUUCUUAGACGAGUAAAGGUCGACAAUAUGAUGUCUUGUUCUCUUCCCGUCGUCCCAGUUUUACAAACACUCUCCUCGAUAAACUCAUCACCGGAUUAUCCAAUUCACAUCGGAAUUAAGAGAGGUAGCGACGAAUUGCUUUCCCAAUCGAACGUAUCAGUCAUGGCUCCUUCUGCUCCGCACGCUGAUAACAACAACCAAGAAAAUGCCAAAAAAGUAAAACUAGAACAGAACGUAGGCAAACCGUCGAGGGUGAUACACAUUAGGAACAUUCCCAGUGACGUUUCCGAAGCAGAAAUCAUACAUUUGGGCCUGCCCUUCGGCAGGGUGACGAACGUUUUGGUAUUGAAAGGGAAAAACCAGGCUUUUCUGGAAAUGGGCGACGAGCAAUCGGCCACCACGAUGGUCAAUUAUUUUUCCAAUUGCAUCGCCCAAUUGAGAGGUCGGGCCGUCUACGUGCAAUAUUCCAAUCACAGGGAGCUGAAGACCGAUCAGACGCAUUCCAAUGCGAAUGCAUCGGCGCAAGCGGCCCUGCAGGCCGCCCAGGCGAUCACGAACAACGCCGUGACGCCGGCGAACAAUUCGGCGCCCGCCACCAACGGGCAGGAUAUACAAGGCGGACCGAAUACCGUUCUUAGAGUUAUCAUCGAACACAUGAUAUACCCUAUCAGUUUAGAUAUUUUACAUUUGAUAUUCCAACGUUUCGGAAAAGUAUUAAAAAUUGUGACGUUCACGAAAAACAACUCAUUCCAAGCGCUCAUCCAGUACCCGGACACCCAAUCGGCGCAGGCCGCGAAGCAGGCCCUCGACGGCCAGAACAUCUACAACAGCUGUUGCACGUUGCGCAUCGACUACUCGAAGAUGUCGUCGUUGAACGUGAAAUACAACAACGACAAAUCGCGCGACUACACGAACCCCAAUCUGCCGACCGGCGAGGGCGGCGACCAGCUCGCCCUGGGCGGCGGGCUGGCCGGCGGCCUGGGCGCCGACAUCCUGCUGUUGGCCACCCAACCGAGAUUGGCCCGAGAGAGAUUGGCCGAUUCGAUUUUGUCGGGUUCGCCGGGGGUGCUGAGCAAUCCGUUCGUGCACGGGCUGGCGUCGCCGUUGGCGGCGCCCUAUUCGGGCGGCGUGGCCGGCGGCAUACCCGGCUUGGGGAACUUCGCCUUGGGCCAGACGGCGCCGGGGCUGAGGAGCUUGGGUAAUCCGGGCCUCGCCAUGGCGACCGUGCUGUUGGUCAGCAAUCUCAACGAAGAGAUGGUCACGCCUGAUGCUCUCUUUACACUAUUUGGCGUCUACGGUGACGUGCAACGGGUGAAAAUCAUGUACAAUAAAAAGGACUCGGCUCUGGUGCAAUUGGCCGAACCCCAUCAAGCCCAUUUAGCCAUAACGCACAUGGACAAGCUAAAAGUGUUCGGUAAAAAUAUAAGAGUGAUGUUGAGUAAACACCAAAGCGUACAAAUGCCUAAGGAGGGACAGCCUGACGCAGGUUUGACCAAAGAUUACAGCCAGAGUCCAUUGCACAGAUUCAAGAAACCUGGAUCGAAGAAUUACCAAAAUAUCUACCCACCCUCGUCGACGCUGCAUUUGAGCAACAUUCCUGCGACCAUUAACGAGGACGAUAUCAAGGAAGCAUUCACUAAGAAUGGUUUUACGGUUAAGGCUUUCAAAUUUUUCCCGAAAGACAGGAAAAUGGCCUUGAUCCAAUUGCCAAGCAUGGAGGAGGCGGUUGUGGCUUUGAUAAAGAUGCACAACUAUCAACUGUCUGACUCCAAUCACCUUAGGGUCUCGUUCUCGAAAUCUAGUAUUUAAGAGGCGUUUGUUAAACAUUAAAACAAAACAGUAUUCAUUCCAUUUUACAAAAAAUAUAUAUUUAAAUAUAUAUAUAUAAAUAGAUAUAUAUAUAUACAUAAAAAAAAUUGCGUUCGUGGUCGAGUCGAAGAUUCAAGUAUCACGAAAACAAGAUGACAUGGUAGCUAAUGAAGUUCGCUUAUUUAUUAUUAUUAAUAUAAUAUAUAGACUGUUAUUUUUUGGCAGGAUUUAUGUAACUUUCGAUAUAUUUUUUUGUUCGAACGACGAGCAUGUUGAUAGUCGUUUUGUAUUUUUUUAUCGAUUAAGUGUUUUAAAUGUUAAGUUAGAUUUAUUCUUCUCAAUUUUGUAUUAUCGUUAAUUGCGGUUAUAUUUCUAUUCGUUUACGAGUGUGUAUUCGUUGCUACAAUUGGUGCAUAAUUUAAAAUGAAAUUAUAACUUUGCUAAAUUUUGCUCGAUAUUGAUUCGUUGAUAAGUACAA